AUGGCGGAUCAAGUCACUCACGACCCCAAGCAGUCAAGCGACUACAUUCCCUUCCCUUGCCUUCCUCCCGGUGGUGCUCUUAACCGCUGGUCUACAAAGAUCACUCGUGAGCAUGACUACCCCGGAGCUCAGGCUAUGCUCUACGGAGCUGGUGUUAAGAACCAGGAGCAAAUGAAGAACUCUCCCCAGGUUGGUGUUGCUACUGUCUGGUGGCAGGGAAACCCUUGCAAUACCCAUCUCCUUGACCUUGGUCAGAUCGUCAAGAACUCCCUUGAGAAGGAGGGCAUGAUCGGAUGGCAGUUCAACACCGUUGGUGUGUCUGACGCCAUCACCAUGGGUGGCGAGGGCAUGCGCUUCUCUCUUCAGACUCGAGAAAUCAUUGCUGAUUCCAUCGAGUCCGUCACCUGUGCCCAGCACCACGAUGCCAACAUCUCCAUCCCAGGUUGUGACAAGAACAUGCCCGGCACCGUCAUGGCCGCUGCUCGUCACAACCGCCCCUUCAUCAUGAUCUACGGCGGCACCAUCCGCAAGGGUCACUCUAACCUCCUAGAAAAGCCUAUCAAUAUCAGCACAUGUUACGAGGCCUCGGGUGCGUACAACUACGGUCGUCUGCACGCCAAGUCAAACCCUGGCGAGCCUGGCCGUGAGAGCUCUGAUGUCAUGGACGAUAUUGAGAAGCAUGCUUGCCCUGGCGCUGGAGCAUGUGGUGGUAUGUACACAGCUAACACCAUGGCCACUGCUAUUGAGGCCAUGGGCCUGUCUCUGCCUGGCUCAUCUUCUUAUCCUGCCGAGUCUCCUGAGAAGCGUCGUGAGUGUGAGCGUGCUGCUCAGGUCAUCCGAACUACCAUGGCGAAGGACCUUCGUCCUCGCGACAUCAUGACCCGUGCUUCUUUUGAGAAUGCUCUUGUUCUGACCAUGAUCCUCGGCGGUUCAACAAACGGUGUUCUUCACUUCCUUGCUAUGGCCAACACCGCCGAUGUCCCCCUGACCAUCGACGACAUCCAGCGCGCCAGUGACCGAACCCCUUUCCUCGCUGAUCUCGCUCCCAGUGGACAGUACUACAUGGAGGAUCUUUACAAGGUCGGCGGUACCCCCUCAGUCAUCAAGAUGCUCGUCGCCCGCGGUCUCCUUGAUGGUAGCAUCAUGACCGUUACCGGCAAGACUCUCGCCGAGAACGUCGAGGACUGGCCCAGCCUGGACCCCGGCCAGAACAUCAUCCGACCUCUCGAGGACCCCAUCAAGGACUCUGGUCAUAUCCGUAUCCUGAAGGGCAACUUCGCCCCCGGCGGUGCUGUCGCCAAGAUCACCGGAAAGGAGGGUCUCUCUUUCACAGGCAAGGCCCGCGUUUUCAACACCGAGAAGGAACUCAACGCCGCUCUAAACCGCAGUGAGAUCAAGCAGUCCGACGGCAACCUUGUCAUCAUCGUCCGCUACGAAGGACCCAAGGGUGGACCUGGUAUGCCCGAACAACUAAAGGCAUCUGCCGCCAUCAUGGGAGCUGGUCUCUCCAACCUCGCCCUCGUCACCGACGGACGAUACAGUGGUGCUUCCCACGGAUUUAUCGUAGGCCACGUUGUGCCCGAAGCUAUGGUCGGCGGCCCCAUCGCUCUGGUUAAGGAUGGAGAUGAGAUCACUAUUGAUGCGAUUAAGAACCGGAUUGACGUCGAUAUCACUGAUGAGGAGAUGGAGAAGCGACGAAGUGAGUGGAAGGCCCCUGAGCCUCGUGUCAAGAGAGGUGUGUUGGCCAAAUAUGCACGAUUGGUCGGCGAUGCUUCUCAUGGUGCCGUGACGGAUCAGUGGUAG